ACCCCCACGCCGCCUUUCCCUCUCCCGGGUGCCGCCGAUGCCCGCGCGCUGGCUCCCCGGUCCCGCCGAUGCCCGCGCGCUGCUCCGCGGCUGCCGACUCGCAGGCGCCUCUGCGCGUCCCCUGAGCUCCAAACGAGAAUGGAAGCCGCUGGAGGACCGUAGCUGCACAGACAUACCAUGGCUGCUGCUCUUCAUCCUCUUCUGCAUUGGAAUGGGAUUUAUUUGUGGCUUUUCAAUAGCAACAGGUGCAGCAGCAAGACUAGUGUCAGGAUACGACAGCUAUGGAAAUAUCUGUGGGCAGAAAAAUACAAAGUUGGAAGCAAUACCAAACAGUGGCAUGGACCACACCCAGCGGAAGUAUGUAUUCUUUUUGGAUCCAUGCAACCUGGACUUGAUAAACCGGAAGAUUAAGUCUGUAGCACUGUGUGUAGCAGCAUGUCCAAGGCAAGAACUGAAAACUCUGAGUGAUGUUCAGAAGUUUGCAGAGAUGAAUGGUUCAGCACUAUGUAGCUACAACCUAAAGCCUUCUGAAUACACUACAUCUUCAAAAUCUUCUGUUCUCUGCCCCAAACUACCAGUUCCAGCGAGUGCACCUAUUCCAUUCUUCCAUCGCUGUGCUCCUGUGAACAUUUCCUGCUAUGCCAAGUUUGCAGAGGCCCUGAUCACCUUUGUCAGUGACAAUAGUGUCUUACACAGGCUGAUUAGUGGAGUAAUGACCAGCAAAGAAAUUAUAUUGGGACUUUGCUUGUUAUCACUAGUUCUAUCCAUGAUUUUGAUGGUGAUAAUCAGGUAUAUAUCAAGAGUACUUGUGUGGAUCUUAACAAUUCUGGUCAUACUCGGUUCACUUGGAGGCACAGGUGUACUAUGGUGGCUGUAUGCAAAGCAAAGAAGGUCUCCCAAAGAAACUAUUACUCCCGAGCAGCUUCAGAUAGCUGAAGACAAUCUUCGGGCCCUCCUCAUUUAUGCCAUUUCAGCUACAGUGUUCACAGUGAUCUUAUUCCUGAUAAUGUUGGUUAUGCGCAAACGUGUUGCUCUUACUAUCGCCUUGUUCCACGUAGCUGGCAAGGUCUUCAUUCACUUGCCACUGCUAGUCUUCCAACCCUUCUGGACUUUCUUUGCUCUUGUCUUGUUUUGGGCGUACUGGAUCAUGACACUUCUUUUUCUUGGCACUACCGGCAGUCCUGUUCAGAAUGAGCAAGGCUUUGUGGAGUUCAAAAUUUCGGGGCCUCUGCAGUACAUGUGGUGGUACCAUGUGGUGGGCUUGAUUUGGAUCAGUGAAUUUAUUCUGGCGUGUCAGCAGAUGACAGUGGCAGGAGCUGUGGUAACAUACUAUUUUACUAGGGAUAAAAGGAAUUUGCCAUUUACACCUAUUUUGGCAUCAGUAAAUCGCCUUAUUCGUUACCACCUUGGUACGGUGGCAAAAGGAUCUUUUAUUAUCACAUUAGUCAAAAUUCCGCGAAUGAUCCUUAUGUAUAUUCACAGUCAGCUCAAAGGAAAGGAAAAUGCUUGUGCACGAUGUGUACUGAAAUCUUGCAUUUGUUGCCUUUGGUGUCUUGAAAAGUGCCUAAAUUAUUUAAAUCAGAAUGCAUACACAGCCACAGCUAUCAACAGCACCAACUUCUGCACCUCAGCAAAGGAUGCCUUUGUCAUUCUGGUGGAGAAUGCUUUGCGAGUGGCUACCAUCAACACAGUGGGAGAUUUUAUGUUAUUCCUAGGCAAGGUGCUGAUAGUCUGCAGCACAGGUUUAGCUGGGAUUAUGCUGCUCAACUACCAGCAGGACUACACAGUAUGGGUGCUGCCUCUGAUCAUCGUCUGCCUCUUUGCUUUCCUAGUCGCUCAUUGCUUCCUGUCUAUUUACGAAAUGGUAGUGGAUGUAUUAUUCUUGUGUUUUGCCAUUGAUACAAAAUACAAUGAUGGGAGCCCUGGCAGAGAAUUCUAUAUGGAUAAAGUGCUGAUGGAGUUUGUGGAAAACAGUAGGAAAGCAAUGAAAGAAGCUGGUAAGGGAGGCGUCGCUGAUGCCAGAGAGCUAAAGCCGAUGGCUUCGGGAGCAAGUUCUGCUUGAACCUAGCCGACGGUUAUGGAAACCCAUUGACAUUCCAAAACAAUAUAUACACAUAACUAUGUAUUUGUGUGUGUGGGUGUGUGUAUAUAUGUAUAUGUAUGUGUGUAUAUAUGUAUAUGUAUAUACACACACACACAUAAAUCAGCCAAAAUCAGAGAAAAGGAACAGGGAUUUAAUACCUUUUUUAUGCUUAUUUUUGUCAAACAUGUACUCCUUUCAUACGGGUGGCUUUUACAAGGCAACUUCCGUCAUUUAAUGUUUUCAACUGUAAUUGUCUUAAUGGAAAUGUUAAAAUUCAUAUCUGAUUAACAUUUUUAAUAACUUAGAGGAGAUUUUAACUUUAGUUAUUUAAAAAUAGGUAAAAUUAUUGUACCAAAUUAUAUCUAAAGUUUAUUCAGGGGUGAUUUCCCUGAUGUGUGUAUAAAAUCAAGAUCUUAUUUUACUGAUGCAUAAGUCCUAGUGGGUCAAGACUAGGCAUAUGCUUUCAGAUAAAUAAGGAAUUACUCCAAUCAGUUUUCCCCAAUCAAAGAAGCCAUGUCAUUUUACUUUUAGAAACACACAAGUGGGCCCAAUAUGGGAAUUUUCAUAAUAGUUCAUACAUUUGUCAGCUAACAUUAAAAGGUAACCAACUCCUCAGGUAUUUGUAGUUUACCCUAACGCUUCUUUAAAAGAAAGUAGGUAAAAAAAGAAAAGGGUAGAUAAUCUUUCGUAUGCAAACUUUUUCCUUAUAUUUUGUCUUUCUUUCCUUUUUGACUUUAGUAGCAUCCUCCACACAUUUGUGUGCCUGAUUUGAAAGGAAGCUGGGGCACCCAGCGAGUUUAGCCUUUAAGUUUCUGUGUAUUGAUUUGCAGAUUAAGUAAUGCUGGGAGGAAUAAAGAAGGGACAGAAACAUGGAACAUAAAGCAUUGAAAAUUGCGGUGCUUGGGCUUCUGCUUCAGAGUAACGUCAGUGGCUUAGGGUUAAAUGGCCAUUUUAUUCAAAUGCUUGCUAUACAAUCUGAAAACACACUGGCAGGUACUCCUCUCCUUGGCAAUUCAUUGAGUAUCCAGAGUUCUACGAUGUUUAACUGAAGAAUUGGCUAAUGUGUUGAUCCUCCAGUGUGACUGUUCUUUUUGUUUGGGGGUGGGUCUGGGGUUUUUUGCUUUUUUAUUCCUGAAGCUUACCAGAUAUGAAUGGCUAAUAUUCCAUUGUUCUGCUUAUUGUAAUGGUGAAUGCUUUAAGAAAAAAAAAAAGUGUAAUUUGCUAAGAAUAAUUCAUGAUCUGUUUAUGCGAUAACUCCUUUUUGUUACAAUUUUUUUAAAAAAAGCUAUUUUUGUUAAUGUAAAGUAAAUAUUUCAGAGCAAAUUUUUUAAACUUAUUGCACUAAAUACAGGCUCUGUACAAAAAACAAAAAAAGCCUCAGCAUUUUAUCAUUCCAUGGAAGAAGAAUCUUUUGAAAGAAAGCAUUGCCUCCUACCAGAACUAGACAGUGAAUGAGACCGGUAUUAUGGACACGCAUACAAGUAAUGUCACUAGGGCUUCAUAAGCAGCUGUUUGCUAAUGUGCUUCCUUUCAAAGGGUUGGACCUCUAAAUUGCUGCAAAAGGUAAAUGGUAUUUUUUUUUAAGUAUUGGUGUUCUUUACUCUAGCUAGGCUAAAAUUUGCUAAAUGCCUUGGUUUCUUUUCAAAGUUCAUGUAAUAUUUCUGAUUUUUCAGAAUAUUUGCAAUAAGAGUCUGGAUUUUAAAAAACACACACAUACACACAAUUAAGAGCUCAUGUCUUAGCAAGAUCUGGGAAACCAACAUUGCAAGAGUAGCUAUUUGGAAAGAAUAAUUCUCCAGAAGUUAACAUCUAACAUCUAGUAUCACCAAACAGUAUCACUGUUCUCUUUUAUUCAUUUGAUAUGGAGUAAAUAUAAUUAUGUAACUAACAAUUGUCCAAAUAGAUGAGAGAGCAAAUCAUGUGAGAAAAUUCAGAAUACCAUCUGUUUCAUAGCCACACAGAUUUUGGACUUUCACAAACAUUGGGAACUAAAUUUAGAAUUGGCAAAAGUCUAGAAGAUGGGUAUCCAAACAGAAGAUGUUCCAGGAGCUAGCAAUUUAAAGAGGUGUCCCUCCAAAGUGACCUGAUGGAAGUCCUGAACUUGGAAAUUAGGUUCUACUCACUUGGACAUCCCUGCAUCAUGGACUGUUGCUGCUCCCUGUUCCAUAUGCUCGCAAUCUCAGCUAUUUGGAAGCCACCAGGAAUGCUUUCUAAUUAUCAUUUGCAACUAGAACUGUAAUCAGAAAGAAAUUUUGUAUUUUUGUAUAACUUGAUUGUGUGCCAUUUUAUAUAACAGGUCCUGUUUUACAAAUAAAUUUUGUUUUACUAACAUUGUGUUUAGAAAUUAUAAUCUAUGUGUAACCAUGUCAUUUGAGUUGCAAAUUAAUUGCCAGGCUGUUUUCCUUAAGUAAAUUCAUGUGCCAUAUAGAAAUAUGCAUAUAUGCAUAUACAUUACACAGGCACACACAGAGAGAUAUUUAAUAUGUGGAAUAUCACUCUCUCAUGAGCUUUAUUCCUUGAUUAAUUUGAUAAAGCCUCACAGAAGAUUUUAAGCAAUAUUUAAAUGUGUUGAGGUUAUGUUUGGAUAUUCCUGCUGCCUCUUUUCAUUCAUUUCAAGUCAUUCUUCAGCUAGCUAUGGGCUGCCUUAUUGCUAUUCGCUCACUGCUUCCAUCUUCUGCCCAAGUGAGAAGAAUAGAUGAAGAACAGAAAUUUAUCUGUGAAAUGUGGAUACCCGAAUAAUUUUAUAAAUCAUUGAUUCUGUGUUGUGGUUUUUGUCUUCUUCUGUGGUGAAUCUUCAAAACUGCAUUCAGGACUCAUAUUUCUAGAGUUUUAGUUGGGGUCCUCUAUUGUCAAUUGUAGUAGUGACCAGAGUAUCAUGGUUUCUGCCAUCAGAUAAUUAAAGCUCUGGUGCAUAAUUUAGACUUUCUAAGCUUCUGCCUCAAGAAUAAGGUCUUCCAUAAUACGGAAGAGAAAAGUUAUGUUUCAUUGUAAAUCCAAGAGACCCAUCUUCUAUGAGAGGCUUACCGGUGCAGUAGUAAUAAAACAUUAGCAAUUUAGCUAGAGCACUGAGAUUGUAUAAUCCUUGCGUGGAUGAGCAGAGCUCAAAGCCAGUUGUUCCCUUAAACCAUUUAAUGCAAUGGCUAAUGUUUAGGAUUAAAGUUUUUAUUUUAUCCUAUAAGAUAAUUAAGUCCUAAGUCACUACAACUUAAGUAGCUUAAGUGUAUGUUGGUCCCCAAACUUUUUCCAUAAUGGUUAAGGAGGAGGCACUUACUGAGUUUAUUUUAAAGUUAUGCUAGAAGUGUUCUUCUUUUAUAGAGAUGCUCUCUCUCUCUCUCUCUUUUCUUCCCCCCCACGAAGGGCAUUAAGCUGCUGAUUGUAAGUGAUUUCCAGUACCACUGAUCUUGGUAUCUGCCAAGGGCUUCCUUGCCUUCCCUGGGCAGUUUUAGGAUUUCACCCCAGUAGGGGGUAUGAGGUACUGACCCCUUUAUUCUGGACCCAAACUGCUUUAGAGCAGAGUUAAUACCUCUCCCUCCCUCUUCAGAACAGCUACAGGAACUGCAGGCACCACAUAUGUGUGAGGCCACAUCACUGCCCCUGAGGCUUCAACCAUUUCCACCAUGCACUAUCACUGGCUACUAACAGCCAUUUCAAGAGAUCUUGUAGCCUGCAAGCUAGAAUUCUGGGAUCAGUUCCAAAACCAGAACUGCUAGUAAUGUUGACUUGAAUAUUUUAUUUGAUUUUUGGUCAGUAACCUUUUCAUUUAAAUUGGACUUUCCAAUAGCCUUAACAUGGCCUCUGAGAAGUUUCCUCCAGAAAGGUCUUUAAGCUUUCGCUUUUCAAUAAAUAAAUUCUUUACUGCUUUUCUACUGCUGCUUAAAAACAACAACAACAACAAAACUCUCAGAGUCUGGAGGCUUAUCAGUGUACCUGCCACAGUUAAUUUCUGUAUUCUUUUCAUACAUUCCAUCUGACAAAUAAGAGUGCACUAUCAUGGCUUGCCUAGAGUUGUUAAGAAGUGGUCUGUGAAUACAUAUCGAAAAAAUGUGGGUUCAUAAGUAAAAGCGUAACGCAGAGAUUUGUGUAUUCUGUAUUCACAGCAUAGGCUGCCUUUUGCUUUAAAUGCAUAUUCGUGUAUCUUUGUGUACUAAGAAUGCGUGUUAGCCUUUUUGAAAAGUAGGCACUGUUCAUACACAGUAGCUUCUUGGAAUUAACUCACCUUUGUUAACUUAGUGGCACGUAGUCCAAAUUUUAAAAAAGCAAGACCCUCGAGUAUGCCAAAAGAAAAUCUAAAGCUAGCAAACUUAAAAAACAAAACAAAAAUUACACAUGUUGUGUACACUUAUGAAUUUAGAAUACCACAUUUUUCCCAUUCAGAUUUCAUACAUUUGAGCCAAAUUCUUAUAUUCCACGUUUUAAUUUUAAGAGGAUAAUUUUAAUCCAAGAUUUAAAUCUUUGAAAAUAUCUUUCUUAUAGAAAACUUCAAUGCAGUUUUUAAAGUUACUGAUUUCUGUGGAAAACCUUUCUUUUCUAUAGAAAUACUAUAGUGCCCUUUCUUCCUCCCCAUCUUGGUUUUGUAUGUGUAAAGACAAAUGAUGAUUCAGUUUCUCAAUAUUGCAUGAACAAUUGCCACUUUUGUAAAUUAUAUGGACAGAAUGUGUUCUAAGGAAAUUCAUUAGUCAAUUUGUGGAAAAUAUGUGAAAUUGUUAGAGACCUAUUAGGCUAUUCAGUUUUGAUGCUCAGUUUUACAACUUAAAUGAUUUUCUCCAGGACACGGAGCUCAGAAUAAUAAAGCUUUUAUUGAUGGGCUAGUGAAGAUCUAGUUGAACAUGGAAACAUUGUAAUUUACAGAUGUCUCAGAAAUGUUUCACUUUUAUUUGCUAAGACCUGAAUUUAAUAUUUGAUAUUCAAAAACAAGUUAUUUUGAAGGGGCAGUGGGUCUCUUUGAGCUCGAGAAAGUUAUGGACUAUCUUUCUCUCAAAUGCACAUCGCAUGUCUGUGAACACUCAGAAUGCUCAUAGAAUCUCAGGGCCCUCAGACUGCCAACUGCCACCCCUCCACCCCCUCAGAGUCUUAAUGAACCCAAGUCAAAAGCCUGCUCUAAAGUUGUUCUGAUAAUGUGUUUUGAAAUGAGGAAGUGAUUAGGCCUCCACUAGAGAUACUUUUGAGAUGAUGCUUACCACCUUCUGACCUGGAAUCAUUUUUAUAACUUAAAGACUUUAUGUAAUUUAGUAGCAGGUUAGGGAAUAGAAACCACACUAAUCUGAAGGAAUAACAAGAUGAUCCACACUGAAUCUUCGUAACACUAAGAUUUUUUUUCCUUGGAGGUGUGAGGGGGGCGUGUGUGUGUGUGUGUGUGUGUGUGUGUGUGUGUGUGUCUUUGGGGGUUAUUUGGGGCAAGGUAGCAGAUUAUUUGCAAUGAGCCAAAAAAAAAAAAAAA